AUGGUCACCAUGAAUCAAAGCCAGAGGUCGCGGUACCUCAAGACGGGCGCCAUUGUCAGCGCCGUCUUGCUCAUGCUGCUCUGGCUCACCCCCUCGCGCAGUCCAGCACUCAGCUAUGGCCCUGGGUCUCAGGCUCCUAGCGGCGCUGCUCCCCUGACGGAAAAAUGCUCAAAGCCUCACGAUUCCUCCAAGCCUCUCAUCCAAUAUGCCCUUAUGAUUGAUGCCGGAAGUCAAGGCUCACGGAUUCACGUCUACAAGUUCAACAACUGCGGAUCUACCCCCGAACUCGAGCACGAGACCUUUGUUCAGACUGAGCCUAGAGAGGGCGGCUCCGGACUCAGCUCUUACAAAGCAGAUGCCGAGGGAGCAGCAAAAAGUCUCGAUCCUCUUAUGGAGGCCGCGCUGGAAGCAGUUCCUGCCGAGUACAGAUCUUGCUCCCCGGUCGCCGUCAAAGCUACGGCUGGGCUGCGAAUGCUUGGUGCUGAAAUGAGUCGGAAUACCUUGGAGGCAGUGAGGUCUCGGCUAGAGACCGUUUAUCCUUUCCCCGUCGUCUCCCGGGAAAAGGGUGGUGUUGAGAUUAUGGAUGGCUCUGACGAGGGCGUUUAUGCUUGGAUUACUACGAAUUACCUUCUUGGAAAGAUCGGUGGGCCAGAUGAGACUCCAACCGCUGCUGUUUUUGAUCUUGGUGGAGGCUCUACUCAGAUUGUUUUCGAGCCCACCUUUGAGAAGAGCCCGUCUGGCGGCAUGCCCGAGCACUUGGCCGAGGGUGACCACAAGUACGACCUCCAAUUUGGUGGCCGGCAUUUCGAGCUAUACCAGCAUUCGCAUCUCGGAUAUGGCCUGAUGGCCGCACGGGAAACCGUGCAUAAAUCCCUCAUCGAGACCAAGCUGGCAGCAAACCCGAAUGAUCUGGCAUGGUUGAAGCAGCCUAUUGUCAACCCUUGUAUCGCUCCUGGUAUGGAACGUGAAGUGAAGUUGAAAUAUGAGGGUGAGCAGGCGCAUCAUGUCCUCGCUCCCGCGGUCACGGUGACCAUGGUCGGUCCAAAGGAGGGAUCCCCAUCAGCAGCUGCUCAGUGCCGCGGUUUGACCGAGAAGAUCCUCAAGAAGGAGGCUGAGUGCGCUUUGGCGCCGUGCUCUUUCAACGGUGUCCACCAGCCAUCGCUCGCCAAGACCUUCGCCAGGGAGGAUGUCUACAUCUUCUCCUACUUUUACGAACGCACCAAGGAAUUGGGUAUGCCAGACUCUUUCACGAUUGACGAGAUGCAUGAUCUCACAAACACUGUCUGCGCCGGAGAGUCUGCUUGGGGCGUGUUUGAAGGGGUGGAAAACGCCCUGACCGAACUGCGUGACCGACCAGAGUGGUGUCUCGAUUUGAACUUUAUGCUUAGCCUGCUCCACACUGGUUACGAGAUGCCCCUGUCGCGUGAGGUCAAGGUCGCGAAGAAGAUCAAGAACAACGAAGUUGGAUGGUGUCUUGGCGCCAGUCUUCCUCUCUUGAGCCAGGAAUCCGGCUGGACAUGCCGAGUGAAGGAGAUUUCAUAG